GAAGUCUCCAAACGAAGAACACAAAACUCUCUCUCUCUUUCUCUCUCUGUUAAUUCCUUCUCUCUUUUCUUUAUAGCUUCCAAAAAAUAAAAAUGAAAGCAAAAUCUUACUCAUAAUGUGCUGAGCGUUUUUUAAACUCUGCUACAACGAUUUCCCUUUUUUUUAGGGCUAUGCGAAAUGGUUCCAAAUUUGUUAGUCGUUUUGGCUCUGAUUUGUUGUGCUGUGCUUCAAGUACAAGCUUCAGUUACGGCAUUUAACGGUUCGGGUAGUGGGAAUUCGGUUGAUCCAGGGAGUGAAGCUGGUAAAAGUGUGUCACCCUGUCCUACUGGUUGGGUUAUUGGACCAAAUGAUAGUAAGUGCUUUAUUUAUAUGGGAAGUCCCCGGUCAUGGAAGGAAUCUGAGAAUGAAUGCAAGCGUAAUGGUGGGCACUUGGCGGCAUUAACAUCAUUUCAAGAAUUAGACUUUGCUCAUAAUCUAUGUAAAGAAGUUGUCAAUGGCUGUUGGGUUGGAGGAAGAGUUGUCAACUCAACUACUGGCUUCAGUUGGAAGUGGUCAGAUAAUACUUCAUAUUGGAAUGAGUCCAUCCUUUUUGGACCAAAUUUUCAAUUCAAUUGCACCAGUUCACCCUGUCCCACCAAGAAUUCAUUUGAUUUAUGUACAUUGGUGACUAAUAAUGGAUCAACUCUAUUCACUAGUGAGAGAUGCAACAAGUCUCUUGCUUUUAUAUGCAUGCUUGAUAUAGGGGACAUAUGCUCUCACAUGCACUGCCACAAGGAAUAUCUUAUCAUCCUUGCAGUCGUUAGUGGGUUGAUCCUCUGCACCACAUUAGCUGUAGUAGUUUGGCUUCUUGCAUACAAGCGGAGCAAGAAGCGUAGACGGUCUCGGAAACUAUCUAAUCCAGCAGCAUCUGCAUUAGUCCCUCCUUCAUGGAAAGUCUUCACCAAAGAGGAACUGAAGUCAAUUACAAAGAACUUCAGUGAAGGAAAUCGUCUGCUUGGAGAUGCCAAGACAGGUGGCACGUAUAGUGGCCUUCUACCUGAAGGUUCAAGGGUGGCAGUUAAAAGGUUGAAGAGGUCUAGCUUUCAGAGGAAAAAGGAGUUCUAUUCUGAAAUUGGAAGGGUUGCAAGGCUUCACCAUCCAAAUUUGGUGGCUGUGAAAGGAUGCUGCUAUGAUCAUGGUGACCGGUACAUAGUUUAUGAGUUCAUAGUUAAUGGGCCCUUAGAUAGAUGGCUACACCACAUACCAAGGGGAGGUCGGAGCUUAGAUUGGGCUAUGAGAAUGAAAAUCGCCACAACCCUUGCUCAAGGAAUUGCGUUCCUGCAUGACAAGGUGAAGCCCCAUGUUGUGCAUCGAGAUAUACGAGCCAGUAAUGUACUGCUUGAUGAAGAGUUUGGGGCACAUUUGAUGGGGGUUGGCCUUUCAAAGUUUGUACCAUAUGAAGUGAUGCAUGAGCGGACUGUUAUGGCUGGAGGCACAUAUGGAUACCUUGCCCCAGAAUUUGUGUACAGAAAUGAGCUUACAACAAAGAGCGAUGUUUAUAGCUUUGGUGUGCUGCUGCUUGAAAUUGUGACUGGGCGUAGGCCUGCACAGGCAGUUGAUUCGGUAGGUUGGCAGAGUAUAUUUGAAUGGGCUACACCUCUGGUUCAGGCUCAUCGAUACCCAGAUCUCUUGGAUCCUCAUAUAUCUUCUUCUUCUUCUGAUAUUCCAGAAGCUGGUGUCAUUCAGAAGGUUGUGGACCUCGUUUAUGCUUGUACACAACAUGUGCCGUCUAUGCGCCCAAGAAUGUCUCAUGUUGUUCAUCAGCUACAACAGUUGGCCCAACCACCUAUUGUAAAAUGAAUUCAACUAAUCUUUAGAGCUUGGGUUUUCUCACUUGACUUUGAAUUGGGAAUGGUUUUUCCCCAAAUGUUCUGGGCCAACUUAUUUUUGCAGAACUAUAUUAGCAACUAGGUUUUAGCAUAGCACUAAUGUAAUUUUGAAAGACUCACCUUUGAUGCAAUGUUACCAUUAAUGUAAUUGUAUUUGUAACAAAUAUGCAUUCCAUAUAAUUAAUCGAUAUGUUUAAUUCCAA